AUAGAUUUUAUCGUGGUGCACUUUCAAGUUUAUUUAUGCUUUUGUCUAGUUUCUUAAUUAACGCAAGUAUUUUACAAAUCACUCACUAAAUAACCCUGUUAACCGAGCAUCUUGUUAUAUACUUAAGGUUAACCGUAACUGGGACAAUACAAUUCGGGAACUGAUUUAUAAGAUCUUCAAGUAUAGUGUAACAAAAACCGUUUGGAGCAUCAUAAUUUACAGGAUUAUAAAUUUUUUAGUGAUGUAGCCAAAUAAAAGCUCUUAGGCAACAGAACGUUCGUCCUAAAUAGUUUAUUGACUUAAUGAGAUGUUUUCGUAUAAUGGUACAUCUUAAUUUAUACCACAGUAUACAGGCUAUAGCCAAAUGAUUCCUUUGUCAGAUGAAACAGUUGUGAUGUUAAGAUCCCUAGGAAUGUUUCUGUAGCUUAGCUAGAGCUUUGUUUUAAUUUUUUGAUUACAACAAGGUCUUGAAGCAAUACAACUUGAUGGUAUGAGUUCUAUUAGUCUCUUAAAAUUAUUUCCUCAUUAUUUGGCAUUAAUAUCGGUAGUUUUUGAUUAAACGCUUACCUUGAUUCCUUAAGAAUUCAUCGGCUACACCUAGGUGAAGUUUCUAGAAGCCCCCACACCGACGACAUUUUGUCAAAAUCUGGCAUCAAUGCUAACUGUUUCAUCCGUGUUUUUGUAGUUUCUAUAUUUUUUUAGUUCUGUUUUUCUUGUUCCAAACAGAGAAAUACGUGUUCAAAAUAUAACAGAUUAUUAGAAACGUAAGACACUGGUCUGACUAAGAAGACUUUAAUGCCAGUCAUGAGACAAGGUAAGAUAAUGUAGUGUUUUUUGUUAUCAUGUGAAAUUUUGUAACCGUUCAAGAUAAACUCUGAUGCUCCCAUUAUCGAAUUAAACACCUAUAAACUGGUCGUCUUUUAUCUCUACCGUAACUAGAAGGAAAACUGAAACUUCAGUGUGAACUGUGUGAAGAAACUUGUAACUGUUGAUGCAAGUUCCAGUCUUGAAUUCCUAACUGAAAGUAUCCAGAUAACUUUAGUAUUAUGUCGUUCUCAAAGCUAAGUUAUUUAGUCGUGGAUUUCAUUGUCCUCUUGGAUGUCACCCUUGUAAAACUGAAAUAGAAAUAAUCUGUCGCCACUUUCCCACAUACUGACUGAUGACCUUGAUCUCAACUGGUUAUUGCUGUACCUUGUUCUACCAUUGUUUACAUACCACUUUUAACUGUCAUUCUCUCUGAACUGAUUUUAGACCUCAUAAAUGAAAAACAAUAAAAGCUUUACAAUGAAACUGCUCGGUUGAACGAACAUAAUGCCAUCAAGAUCAUCUACACGACCUACAUAGCACUUCUUUCAUCUUAGUAUCAAAGACUGUUUCUACAAAACAAGAUGUGUAAUACAUCAAAAACUACGUAUAUAUGUUGAAUACCACAUGUGCCAACUAACGAUUUUUGUCUUUGUUAAUAGCUGACUCUAUUGUGCGAUUUAUAGAUUUGUAAGUAAAGGUACAGUUCUCAUUUGAAAUCUUUAGGAGUUUUUUCCUCAGAAGUUCUUAAACCUCGGACAGUGCGCUUUGAAAUUAUUGAAUAAUGAAAAUACUAGACAGCUACAAUAUCAUAACCUAGGCUUUAUUUAGCAUUGUCCAGUCAAGCUUUUGCAUAGAAACACGAUCAGUACCUCAAAUUUCUGCAAUGAUGAAGAUACCUUUAAACCACUAGGUUAGAACCCGAUGGUUUACACUUUAGUGUUAUUCAAUUUCCUAUAGCUCAAGACCUACACAUAAUGAUAUUUCAGUUUCAUUUUUGAAAGGACAGGAGGCUUAAUGGCAUGUGUUAGUCCCGGCAAUUAUGGUCUCUCAGUUGAUCCAACUUUCUUUCGAAAGAGUCGACGGAUGGAGCCCCAACCACGUGCUGAGGUAAUGAAUUUCACUCGUUGAUGAUUCGAUGGGAAAGUCGAUAGUCAGCUGACAAGUAAUUUGUUCUUGACUUGUGAACUUUUUCUGAGUGUCCUCGUAAAUUCUCUGUUUUGGAAGACAAGGAAAAUGUGGGGAUAUCAGGUGCAAAUUUAUCACUAAACAGUUUUAAAACUGUAAUCAAAUCACCUCUAGUUCUGCGAUAUGACAACGGGAAAAGGUUCAGCUUGGCCAGUCGAGCUUCAUACGGAAGCUUCGCUAUUCCGGGAAUCAGCUUAGUUGCCGUUCUCUGAACGUUUUCCAAAAGCUCACUGUCUUUUUUUAAGCAGGGGCUAGCCGCUUGUAUGCAGUACUCAAAUUUAGGACUCACAAACACUGUAUACACAGUCAAAAACCUUUUAGUGUCGACGUGACUAAAGGCCCUACGUAUCGACCAUAAAGUUCUAAAACCUUUGGCGGCUAUUACACGGUACUGUGCAGUAAUCUUUAAGUCUUGGCUAACGAUGACUCCUAAGUCAUUAUAUGUCUGGACGAUAGGUAGCUCAGUGUUAUUCAUCGUGUAUGUAUCUGUACCUUGAUGACCAAUAUGCAUCACAAUACACUUGGAAGUAAUAAUCGGCAACUGCCAGGUUUGAGAUCAUUCAAAUAAUUUUGGGAGUUCUAAGCUAUGGGUAACAUUUUAACUGACUUGAAUUUUGAUUCACUUAGCUCAAUGUUUCUUCUUUUCUGAGAAGUCGGAAAAAUCUUUGUUAGACGCCGUGCGGAUUCGCAAGUUUUCACGUCUCUGAACUUUUAAACUAGAACAAACAGCUCUCGAAAUCGCGGAAAUUUUCAAUAAUUCUCCAAGAUCCACCAGUCUGUGCUGAAUUUUGCCUUCAAACAGUAGAAAAUCUUCAUAGAAGAAUCUCAGUUGAUAAAAACAAAAAUAUUUUGUUUUAUCAGUGGUUUCACUAGACAUUAAAACAGGUUACAAUACAUAAUGUUUAGUCUCCCAAGUGAACUUAAGUGCAUUCAUGCUGAUUAUUUUAUUAUAAUACUUAUGAUGUCUAGGUGAUUAGACCAGUUUCUACCAUUACAUGGAAAAUAUUGUCUUACAUUAUGAAUUGUUUCAUGUGCAGGAAAUGAUGAAUGAGUAUAUUCCUUCAAACAUAAAUUUGACGAAGAAAAAUGGUAUGCUUAGUGUCACAAAAGGUAAGCAGCCAACAACAACAAAAGUUAGAUCAAAACUCGCAAGCAGGAAAGUUAUUUUUGAAGAUCCUUUAUGCCUGAAUGACAAAGACAUCGUUGCUGACGAGCUACUGGUUCAAAAAGAGGCUGAUUAUCUUAGUAAUAACCACAAUAUCAAUAGCGAUUUUUCAAAUAAAACCGGUGGUAAUUUAGAAAGCAUCAAUGACGAUAUUGAACUAAUUGAUUUGAAAGGAAAGGUUCAAAAUUUGUCAGUGCAGUUAGAAGAAAUAUGUAAAUAUUCACGUUCACCUUUAAAUGAAAAUGAUGUAUGUUUCUGUCAUGACCUCGUUGGUGGAAAAUGCUUAUUACCACAAAAUCGUACUUAUACUGACUCUCCACGGUUACAAACCCCGCCAAAAGUUUGGUUCUCUAAACCAGAUUGUUGUCAGUCGUGCACAGUACCAUGUUGUGUUAAAGCUGACUCGAGCUCUACAAAUUUAUUGAAUAAUCCGGAAAAGUUACGACCACUUACUGAUGAAGAAUUACUACAGGAUAAUUUAAAUGACAUCAGACAUCGUUUAUCAUUACUACAAGAUAAUUAUGCAUCAAAACAUUUACCAUCAUCUGUAUCAAAUAAAAUUGAACGUGAUAUUGAUGAACAUUUGGAAAAACUCAAUAAAGAAAAUUCAAUACAAAAGCAAUAUCAUGAUUUACCAACUAAUCAAAAAUCAACAUAUCAAACUAUCAAGGGAAAAUCAUUAACUGAUCAGAAAAAAUCAGUUGAUCAUCAGUCUUUGAAAUCGAAAACAAAACCAACAAUUACACAGAAACAAUUUCAGUUAAAUCAACCAAAAAAUAGAAAAGUUCCGAAAGAAAAAUUCAUUCAUUCAUCUUAUAAUAAAUUACAAUUACCUAAUAAUAAAUUAAAAUGUGAAAAUAUAACAAAAUCUUUAAAUGAAAAACAAGAUAAAAACUUAAUAAAAAAUAUCAGCAAUUAUGAUAAUGGUGAUGAUGAUGAUGAUCCUGAAAUAACUUUGGAUAAAUUAGAAAAAUAUUUGGAAUCUUCUGAUAUGAUUAUGGAUUCAAAAGUUGAAGAUUUAAAAACAAAAAAUACUCAACAAGAAACAAAAGUGGACGAAACAAAAGAAAUGGUGAAUGAACUUCGCUCAGUUUAUCGAGAAAUAAAAGACUUAUUACUUAAUGUUCGUAAUCGAAUUGAUGAAAACAACAGUAUGAAAUUAGAACAAACAGAGAAAAUUGAUACAAAUACAAAUUCAAACGCCUUACUGUCAAACUCCCAACCUGUACUUACACCUGGUACUUUACUUCCAAGUAUUCGACUUGCAAUGGAAUAUUCUGGUAAAACAAUUUCACCUACAGAUGAUAUAAGUCAAUUAAUAUCUAAUUUACCUGAUGAUCCUCUCGUUAAAGCUUCAACUGCAUUGUAUGAACUUAAUCGACGACGUAAUAAUCUAGAGAAUAAUCUUGCUGCGUUAGAAUCUUCACAUAAUGAUCAAUCGAUUUUCGGAUUACUUGAUUUAUUAAAUAAAGAUAAGUCAUCAGCGGAGAAAGCUCGCAUACAAGCUAUGAUAAAUGACGCAAUUGAGAAAGUUGUUCAUGAUAAAAAAUCAGAAAAAAACAACAGAUCAAUUGGCCGUAUUUCACGACUAACUCAACCGAAAUCUCAAAUAACCACUCAACCAAAACAAAUGAGGGAUACAUCAAGUUCUUGUAGUUCCCCAACGAGGUCAAGAAACGUGAUUGAUUUAUUUCAUCAACCUAAAUUAUGCUCUACAGAUCGUUCUCCGUCACCAGUAACGCUUACUUCUCCAUGGCGUUUAAAUAGACGAAGAGCUAAACGACCAUUAUAUCCACGUUCAGUUAAUGAUCCCGUUAGGCCACGGACAGCUGUCCUACGGUUAAGUGAUGAAAAUCUAACUGGGAUUUCUUCUUCACAAAGACGAAUGCAAAGAUCUAAUUCAAAAGUUGUACGAUUUAGUGAUCAUCAAAAUGAUGAAACAUUUGAAUCAACUACAGAACCACAACAAAUACAAUCAAAUAAAUAUAUUAAUAUGCAAGCUAAAGUUUUCACAAAACCGAAUUCAGGUAUAAUUCCAUUAGGUAUGUAUCAAUAUUCACUUGCAAUAGGAUCUAGUAAAAAAUAUAAUAAAGAAGAUAAGCUAAUUUCUACUGAUACAUCUGGUUUACUUCAUGAAAAAGGCACUGGAUUUCAUUUUCAGUCAAAUCAAUCAACUGAACAACCUUCAAAUAAUUUCAAUGCCUUAUCUCGUACGGAGUUGGAAGAUAAUAUUUUAUCACGUCUUGUCUUACAGAUCUCUGAUCAGUUAGCUAAAAAUCAAUCGCAAAGUCAUGACACUUCAUCCAAAGAAAAUUUACAACAUUUGGUUGAAACUGCACUAUUAGAACGUAUUGGAUCGAUGCUUUCUCCAGCAUCAGUUAGCCCUAAUCCAACUAAUCAACUACUACGAACAGAACAGCAACAACUUAAAACACCGUCUUCAUCACCUGACCGGACUAGUCAUUUAGAUCUACUGGAUAUUCCUACUCCGAUAGAUAGUAUAAAUAGGAGUGAAUUACCUUAUCCAGAUGAUCUUGUUCACACAAAGAGUAAAACACCAGAACCAAAAUCAAAUUGGCAACCAUACAAUCCGGAUGAAGAAAGUAUUUUUAGAAAUUCACGAUCACCACCAACUAAUCCCCAUCAUAUUUCUACACCUGAACCAUCAUUUGCAGAUAAUUUCAGUCUUCGAUCCAAAUUACGUUCUCAAUCUUCAAGUCCUAUAAAACAAAAAUCCGUUAUGAUUUCACCAUUCCCAUCAAGUCCACAAAAAUAUCCAUCUGAGAAAAAUGUUUCUGAGAAAUCAGCUGAAUUUAAUUCACAAUCACUGAAUUCUAAUUCAACUGCUUUAAUUGAUACAAAAAGCUCAUCAUUUACUGAACAAUUCAGUCUCACUGCACCAGAUACAUUCAGUGAUGGAAUGUGGUUAUUAGAUCGUUCCGAAGGUGAAGCACCAUAUCCAGUGUCAUAUAAUAAAUUGAAAUUAAUUAUGUCUAAAAUGGAACCUAUUCGAAGUUCGACAACGAGAAGAAAUAAUUCUUUAACUCAAACAUUUAGUUUAUCUAAAAGUACUUCAAAUUCUUCAAACAGUUCUUCAUCCGAUAAUACUAAACAAUUAAAACAAGAUGAAAUUAGUCCAGGACAAUUACCAAAUGUAUUAACUACUAAACAACAAUAUUCAAAUGAUAAACAAAUGAAUCCACUUAACAAUCCAUUACUUCAUUUAUUAGCAUUAAAAAAUUCGAAUCAAAUUAAAAGAAAUCAACUGUCACAUUAUGAACAUGAUGAAAUGAAUAAACUAUUAAAUCAAUUAAAACAAAUUCGUCAAUAUUCUAAUAAUGAUAACAGUAAUAAUAAUAAUACUAUUAUUCAUUCACCUAGUCUUGAAUGGUUAGCCAAUCUUUCUGGUAGUCCAUUACCACAAUCGAAUUUAAAUCAAUUAAAAAAUGUUAAACAUUGUAAAUCUAAUAUGAAUUUAGUAAAUUCACCUAUUAAUAAAUUGAAAAUUGAAUCAUCUACAUCAAUAAAUGAUAAAUUAAGACAAUCAAUAAAACAAGAUCAUUCAAAUAAAUCAAAUCAUUCUACACAUGAAAAUGAUAGUUCGAAAAUUUCGAUGUUACGUCAAGUGGAACUUGUUCACUCAGAUGACAGUGAAGCGACAACAAUUGAUGAUGAAACUUAUGAAGAUGAUUUUACUGGUGAACAAACUAAUUAAAAUAAGUAUUUAAGGGUGAAUAUUUUUCAAUAAAAUGAUCAAGUUUGGUUGAGUGUUUCCAUGUAUGAAAAUAUGAUUUUGAUGAAUAUCAUGAUGAUAUGUUUAUUACAAAAGAUGUUUUCUUUUGAAGAUUUCUGUGAUUUCAUUUACAAAAAAUCAUAAAAUUAAUUAUAAUUUAUAUAUUUCUGUUAUAUUUCAUUUUCAUUUCGUUCCAGUUACUUCUUACGAUUAUAAUUAAUUAAAUAAAUGUUUUCAGCAGAC